CAAAAACAAGCAGGAGAGUCUGUAGGUUUUACGAAGUCACAAAAAGGAGCAUUUACCCCGAAUAAAACACGUAUUUUUCGUUCAAAACUCAGGUUCAUCAUAUAAGAAGAAUAUUGUUCCAAAGAAGAUCAAUCAAAAGUGAGGUUAAGGUCAUCGCUAAAGCGUCUACAUUCACAGAAAAGGUCCAGGUACUUCUUCAUUUAUUCCUUGUAUUGUAGCCAGUAGAAGUCAGACUGGUUGAACCUCGUAUCAAAAAAGAGAAAUCUGUUACGAACUUUCUCAGGAUUUUGAUCUUGUUUGACCAGCGAAAAUGGGCAGAUGGUCGAGUAAAGGUACUAACACCUAGUAUUUACCUAAAAGCAGGGACCUACUCAGGUUCAAUUGCUUGACGGCUUAUCCUGAUUUGACUACUAGGAAAUUGACCAUAAGAUGAAGCUAAUAAGUUCAUUGGCAUAAUAGAUAAGUAUAAGUACAAUGAAAGAUACCUACACAAGAUUAGGUAAAUUAAAUAUUUGAGUAGUGAAAAACAAGCUGAUUGUUUUUAAAAAUAUAUUUUUUGAAAGUGAUUAUUAUUUUUCACCUAAAUAAAGUUUCCAUGUGCCGAUAAGUUAUUAAUGACUAUAUGUUGAUGUUUCAAAUAUUAGCAGCAAAUAAAGAAUUACCUACAACAACAACAAAAUGCAAAUAAAACCCAUAUUUAGUAUAUAAACUCUGUUAACAUUUUAAAUGCUCACUAGGUAGUGAAAAAUCAGCUGUUUUGUUCAAUUUUGCAAAAAUAUGUGGUUUUUUAGACUAAUAAAAGUUGCUAGUUUUGUGUUGGCAAUAUGUCCACCAAAAACUUUGACAUUAUGUUCAAAUACUACCGAAAUGUUAACUAAUAUUUUCGAAUUGAUUGGUCAGUCGGCUACUUAUCAAACACCUGUGAAUAAUAGUGAAUAUUAUACCGGCUACAAUAAAAAUGAAAAGGCAAUCGGUAAGCAUACACUCUUCGGUUCAUUCAUCCAGACUAAUGUAACUCUUCCAGAUUUUGGAGAGUAUGAUUAUAUUAUAGUAGGUUGCGGUACAGCAGGAGGUGUUUUAGCCAAUCGGCUUACUGAAAACGAAAACAUCAAAGUACUCUGCAUUGAAGCAGGCGGGGUUGCUCCUGCACUAACUGCAAUUUUAGGCCUUAGCACACUCUACUUCAAUACGCCUUUAAAUUGGGGAUAUAAUACUACUUCACAAGGAAAUGCUUGUUUAGGUAAAGUUUUACAAAGAAUCGUAUACAUUUUGACAAUAAAAAAAAAACUUCAGCUUGUAAAAAUCAACAAUGUCCAUAUCCGAGAGGAAAAGUUGUGGGCGGAUCGAGCACUAUUAACGCAGGAAUGUAUAGCAGAGGAAACAAAGAAGACUACAAUCACUGGGCAUCACUUGGCAACAUUGGCUGGACUCACGAAGAAUUGUUGCCAUACUUUAAAAAAUCAGAAUUUGCCAAGUUUGAUGUAGACAUAGAGCCUCAGUAUCAUGGUUUUAGUGGACCACAGACUAUUGAUGUUGCUGAAGAUACUCCAGGAUUGACAGAAUUAUUUUUAGAUGCAGCUAAGGAGCUUGGUGCCAUACAGCUAGAUUACAACGGCAAAAGUCAAAAUGGUACUAGUAGAGUCCAAGCAUAUUUAAAGGGAAAUGUUCGUUCUGGUACCUCACAGGCAUACGUCAGACCAGCACAAGAUCGUCCCAAUUUCCACUUGCAACUAAAUUGUCUAGUCACAAAAAUAGUAAUUAAAAAUUCUACAGCUGUUGGAAUAAGGUUUAUUAGAAAUGGCAAAUUGUAUUCUGUUAAAGCUAAGAAGGAAGUUAUAGUUUCAGCUGGGGCUGUAAAUACACCACAACUUUUAAUGCUUUCUGGUAUUGGUCCUAGAAGGGAACUAGAGAAACAUGGAAUAAAACCAGUUGCAUUUUUACCAGUAGGGCAAUAUUUACAGGAUCAUCCUAUAUUUCCUGGAAUGGUUUUCAGAACUAAUCAAGUCUAUUAUAACACAUCCUUUGAACAACAAGUAAAUGAUUUUUGUGAAAAUAAGCGACCGCUUACAGCAGGAUGGGGAUUCCAAUGUGUUACUUACAUUACCCUUGACAACAAGCCUAACAGACGACCAGAUAUAGAACUAUUGACCAUUGGACCACCGGCUAUGAGUCCAGCUUGGGGAGCUGUUUUACAAUAUAAUGAAGAAUAUGCAGCAGCUUUCCAAAUUCUAAACCCCUUAACUGACUUCAUGAACACCCUUCUGCUACUAAAUCCUUUUUCUCGAGGAGAAGUAACGCUGAAAUCUAAGAACGCUGCUGAUCUUGUUCAAAUAAAUCCAAACUUUUUCUCUGAUAAACGUGAUCUACAGAUUAUGUAUAGAGGAAUCGAGAAGGCAUUGCAAUUAAUGCAUACCAAGGCUUAUAAAAACUUCAAAGCUGAAUGGUUACGUAUACCGAUGCCUGGCUGUGAUGAGGCAUUUGAAUAUUUUUCCAAAGAAUGGUGGAUUUGUAUUGUCAAGCAUUUAUCAGUUCCUUGUUUCCAUCCUAUUGGUACAGCCAGAAUGGGUCCAAGUCCAAACAUAUCUGUAGUUGACAAUGAGCUGAAAGUUCACGGUAUCUGUGGUUUGAGAGUUGUAGAUGCCAGCAUAAUGCCAACUCAUAUAUCUGGACAUCCAAAUGCUGCUGUUGUUGUGAUUGCUGAAAAAGCGUCGGACCUGAUUAAGAGAGAUUACGAAAAUAAUAAGCCUGAUUGCAGAAGAUAAAUAUAUAUAUUUAUAUUAUUUCUUGUUUCUAUUUGUA